CGCUGUGGUCGUCAAGAUCAAGAAGGAGCUCGCCAGCAUCGAGCGCAGGCUCCUCCGGGGCAGGGACGCGGAGGCCCGCGCCCUCGACGCGCUCAGCGCCUGCGACCCGCUGGCCGUGGCGCUCUCCUCCGUGGCGCGCUCCUGCGAGCGGGCGCGCUGGCUGUGCCCGCCCUGCAGGCUGAGGCCGGCGAUACUUCUGCGGGCGCUCCAGGCCGUGCCGCUCCACCCGAGCGCCGUGCGCGCGGAGAAGGGGCUGGGCCCCAAGCCGGACCCAGGUGCUGACGUGGAAUGGACCUUCGCCGCGCUGUCGAAGGCGGUCCGCUCGCUCUGGCGCCACGGGCACGCCGGCUUGCCCGAACACGCCGUGCUUGCGGCGGCGGUGCAGCUGGCGGUUGGCGCCGCCGUGCCACACACCGCGGUGCAGGAGAUGUUCGCCGCGUGGCUGCUCAGCUUCCCUGGCAUCGACGGCACGCCGGACCAUCCGCAGCAGGACCCGGGCGCCGCCGAUGGUGGCGAUGGGCGCGCCGGCCGCACGCCGGGCAGUCUGGAGGGCGACGCGCAGCUCGGCAGCAUGUGGGACGGCCACCCAGCCAGGGCCGUCUUCGCGCGCCGCGUGCAGGCGGCCGCCGGGUCCCUGCGCGUCCUCGCCAGCGCCGCGCGGGCCGCGAGCUGCGGCUCGCACGGGGAGGACAACGGCGACCACCUCGGCCCGCUCCCUUUGGCCCGCGGCGCGGUGGCGCCGCCGCGGCCAGGAGGGGUCGCGCUGCCCCUGGCGCGCGAGAUCAGCGGUCGGAGCGAGGGCAGCGUGGCGCACAUGGGCUCCUUCCAGCAGCGGGCGGACUCCAUCCUCGUGG